UAUCCCUCCGGCUGCCGGGGGGUGAAACCGCUCUGUUUCUCUCAUAAUGCACGUCCACCGGUCCUUCGCUUCCUUGGUCCUGUGCGGCCUGUCCUGGACCCUCGUCCUGGGCUGGGCCUCCGGCAUCGAGACAGAAGGCGCAAGGGAUUUGAUCGCGGGACAAGACUUCAAGGGCGUGGCCGUUCAGGAGAAGGGACGCACUUGGAACGACACCGACGUCAUGGUUUUCGAGCCUCCGCACCGCAUCAACGUACAGGAGAACGAAGACGUGGUCGUGCAGGUGAUGUUCGCGACACCCGGCAAUCGUACGGUGUCCCUGGCGAUCGCCGACACGAGCGUGGCCACGGUGGACCUGUCGAAGCUGUACCUGAACUCAGAGGUCAAUGGCACCGGCUUCAACGUCACCGUUCGCGGGGUCUUCGUCAGCUACACCAAGAUAUUUUUCAAGACUUGCCUUCUGGAGAACGAAGUCGAAACAAACUGCACGGAAAGCAGUUACCUAGUGGCCGUCCUGCGUAGCCCUACGGUCCUUCAGCAGUCGUUCCCGUACCUGAUCGGGAUCAUCGUGUCCAUCAACUACAUCAGCAUGGGCUGCCAGAUAGACGUGAACCUCAUCAUCACCACGCUAAAAAAGCCGCUGGCCCCCCUGCUCGGCAUUGCCUGCCAGUUCCUCUUCAUGCCUCUGGUUUCCUAUGGCAUCGGCCUGCUUUUGCUCGAGAAUGCCCUCAUGCGGUUCGGCAUCUUCAUGCUCGGCUGCUCGCCCGGUGGGAACUCUAGUAACCUCUGGACCCUCAUAUUCAACGGCGACGUCGCACUCAGCGUUACCAUGACAUUCGUCAGCACCAUCGCCAGCGUGGGAAUGAUGCCUCUGUGGGUGUUCCUCCUGGGGCGGCACAUGUCUCCCGAGACGGGCGUGCUGAGCAUACCAUUCACCAACAUCAUUGCCAGCCUCAUUGGCCUCGCCAUACCCCUUGCCAUCGGCAUGGCCAUCCACAAGCUCAAGCCUACGUGGGCCCUGGCGUUGACUAAAUACGUCAAGCCCGUCACUAUCAUCGUGCUCAUAGCCAUCCUCGUCUUGAGCGUUACCGUCAACCAGUACAUUUUCCUGCUGAUGACGUGGCAGGCCCUCCUGUGCGGCGCGCUCGUCUCCUGGAGCGCCUACGUGUUCGGCGCGCUGGCCGCUUUCGUGGGUCGCCUCAACCGGGCGCAGAUCAUCGCCGUGGCCAUCGAGAUCGCCUUCCAGAACAGCGGCAUCGCCGUCGUCAUCCUAUACACGUCACUUCCUCUUCCGGACGCCGAUCUCGUCAUCGUGCCCGUCGUCUGCCAGACAAUCCUGCAGGGCGUGCCGCUGUACGUGCUGUACGCGGCGAAGCGGAUCAAGUCGUGCAUCUCCAAGCGCCGUCACCCGGAAGAGAAGCAGGUUCCUGGAUCCCUUUCCUCCGAACCGGAAGUGGAGAGCGGCCUGUGUCCAGCGAAGGCCGCAUGCGGAGACGUUCGGGACUGCGUGAUGCCCAGCAAGGACGUCCUGGAGCUCCGGGACAUGGUCACCGAUGGCGAAGAGAAGAAAUCUCGGCUUUGAAUGUGCGAAAGAGACCUGCCUAAGGAUUUAUAGUGGUUCCUUUCGAUGGGCCAGUGGGAAUCCUUCGCACAGUCCCGCGUGCUUUCUUUUGUGCGUGGAUGCAGUGCGUUGUUUCCGACGCUGCCUUUACAGUGUAAUAUAUGCAUUCUCAUUUAUAUCGUGCUCUCUGUACGCUCGGGUGUGUGAGUGAGUGAGGUGACCGGUGAGGGUGUGGUUGCGCGUCGUGUUUAAUGUGUACUCUUUUAUGGGAUUGUACGGCAAGCUGUUGAAUCUGCGGGUAUAUACAUUUAUAUAGACGUUUUAUGUGUUAGCGGUCACAACUUUUUUUUUACUGUUUCAUCAAAGGUUUAUACGCGUUUUUCUGUGGUCGACCUUUUAUACGAGCUGAUUUUAAAGACGUGCAGCUUUGUUGAGACGUAAGCAGGGAAAAAGUGUAUAUCUCUUCAGGUAACGAAUGAAUCAAGAACCGCCUGCUAACCGCUUGCAGUAAAGUCCGCGAUACCAGUGAAUAUAUUACAUGAUCAUUUAUGUUUAUAUAAAAGCUGACGGUUAAUUGUUUUUGCACUGUCUUUGCGACUAUGCAUACACGUUGACUGUUGUCAAGAGCGUCCCCGUGCACUAUUCUCGCAAUGUGUGUGUCAUGAUAUAUUGGGCGUCUUUGAUUUAUUCGCAGAGUCGCUAAUAUCAACAUUGCGCGGGCGGUGCGUUCGUGGCAUUUCACAGUCCGUGCUGAGCUGUACGCAUUGCUUGCGCAUAUUUGUUGCUCUGCUUCGCCUUAAGGUUUUCUAAAGGUUUUAAUCCCAGUUUUUAUACCGCCAUUUUUUUUCCGGAAAUGGCUACUGGACACAUGGUUUCUUUGUAAAGCCCGACCAUGCCACUUAGGGUUUAAUGUAACUUUUUGUUUUGUUCAGCGCGACUUUUCCGUGCGAAUAUGUAAUUGUUGUUGUUCACCACCCUAAAAGUUUUUAAUCGUCUUUUACCAUGUUAGUGCAUGCACGUUGGCGUUCGUAUUAAGUUGUCGCUUUUAAUCUGUAGCAAACGAACGUUGGUUUAAACCACCGGUGUUGUUUUAGUAAUGCCAUACGCUCGUGUGGCCCGUUUCGAACCUGUUCGAACCCCACGACGUUGACAAGUUUUGUAAAACCUGCCCGCUCUCAGGUCGAUAUAUGCGCGGGCGACUUCGCCGCAUACACGUCGCGAAGAUUCGCGGUCGCCACGGAUGUAUAGAAGAACGCGCAGACUUGUGCAAUAAACAGCAUUAAAAAUG